AUGAUGCACCCGGGAAAGCAGACCCAGACAAGCAGUGUGCCGGCUCCCCACGAGCAGUACAACUGCCAGCAACAACUAAGUACGGUCGGGAUGAGGAUAAGACAAAAGAUUGACCAGGGCUACCAGUUCGCAACUACAAACAACGUCACGGCCGCCUCCCUCGACAACACAGGGGCCCCAGUGAGAGAUUACGCCUCCAUGGUCGUUCCUCAGUUCAAUACCAGGCUUACUGUCCCACAAUCCAAUUUCCAGCCGCCCAUGUUGGUCAACCAAAGAACGGUCUCGACAUCCUCCUCCUUGGACAUGUUUAACAGACAACAGAAGAAUUCCUUCGAGGAAGAUGACGAGGAAAUUCUUUACAAUAGGAAGAGAAGAGUCUGA